UGAUGUGAAAAUGUAAUGUUAGCAUGUAGCCCACGUAGCUAUGCUAGUGUUACUAAUGUAGAUUGAUGUCAAAAAGUAAUGUUAGCAUGUAGCUCACGUAGCAUCAAGUCAUUCUGUUAAAUAUUCAACAUCAACAUUGUGGUUGGAGUUCAAGACCAGAAGGAAUCCUCAAUGGAGCGACACGCAGACUCCGCCCCUUUCUCUUUGCCCCGCCCCCUCCUCCUCAGGGACGUGAAGCCUCAGCAUUCCACUCAUUCCAGCCCUGCAACAUCACUCAGGACACGCGUGGACUCCCAACAUCGUGACUUUGGGACUCGAAGAAGCUUUGUGGCAGCACACUGUGGCAUGUCACAUGACACGUGACACGUGACACCAGCUGUGGGUUCCUGAAGUAACGUCCCUGCACCAUGAGAACCGCCGAGGCGGGCCCCACCACGGUCCUGCACCGCCUCAUCCAGGAGCAGCUGCGCUGGGGGAAGCUGACGGACACUCGGGCGCUGCUGGCCAUCCAGCAGCAGGCCCUGCGCGGAGGAGGACGCCCCGGCGUCGGAGGCGGCGUCACAGGAAGUCCUGGUCGCUCUGCGGAGAAGCUGAGCCGGGAGGACACGCAGGGGUCCACCAGGCAGGACCCUCAAGGCCAGGAGCACCAGGGCAGCUGCGUCCAGCCGGAAAAGAGCUUUGAUGGGCAUCAAUGA